CUCAAAGACAAACGCGAGCGAGCGGCCCUUAGUAUUGUUUGAUUGUUCUGGUCGGCACAUUCCACACCGGCUCUAGGUGCUUUUCUUUUCUUUUCUGCUAUGUAUUCCUGAUACCCACCCCCGUACCGUCUGCAGCGUCCCCCUCCUGUUCAACGCCAUGGCUAACCAGAACGGCACGCCCACGCCUCCCCGCCCCGAGAUAUCCUUCCCUAUCCACCGCCCGGCCGACAAAGGUGCAUGGACACCUGAGCUAGAUGCAAAAGUCCGCGCUCAAGAGGCCUCGUCCAUACAGUUCAGAGCGCACAAUGUCAUCUCACGCGCUUUCUGGCCCGGCGGAGACCGCUCCCUUGCCGGUAUUGCCAUACGCGCCUUCCUCCUGGGAGGCUGCGGUGCGCUUGGUUUCGUGUCGAGCAUAGUACUCGCGUACUACGAGAGCCGUCUCUGGAGACCGCUCUUCUUUGUGGGGACGCUCUGCGUCUUCCACUUCCUCGAGUUUUGGAUCACCGCCGAAUACAACACCCCGAGUGCCUUCAUCUCCUCCUUUCUCCUCACCAACGGCACCCGCUACCGCCAGGCCCACACCAUCGCUUUCAUCGAAGCCUGCCUCACCUCAUACUUCUUGCCUAGCUGGCAAGCGCGCGUCAAUCCGCCGCCCAUAGUAGCCCUCGGGAUAAUAAUGAUAGCGGUUGGACAAACAGUUCGAAGUUGUGCUAUGGUCCAAGCAGGCACAAACUUCAACCACCAGGUGCAGUCGAAGAAGAACGAAGGGCAUGAGUUGGUCACUACCGGCUUGUACGCUUACUUCCGCCACCCUUCUUACUUCGGCUUCUUCUGGUGGGGCCUCGGCACCCAGGUUGUGUUGGGCAAUACUGUCAGCUUGAUUGGAUACGCUGGUGUUCUUUGGUACUUCUUCAAGACGAGAAUCUCUCAUGAAGAGAAGCAUCUCAUUGAAUUUUUCGGCAAUGAUUACAAGGCGUACAAGGCGCGCACUAGAGUUUGGAUACCCUUCAUCUAAGGCUUGGACCCUCCGGCAUUUCGAGGAGUCACUGAUUUUCAAGCACGGUAGGCGAUUGGAGUUCAACAGACAGGUGCUAGUUAUGGGGCUGUUCUCUGGAUCGGGUGCAUGGCAUGCAUGUGUCCCACCCCUCAAGAAACCCCAGUCUAAUUUCCCUCAACCGCAUUAUAGGCGACCAGAAUGCCGUCGUCAUUCUCUAGUCAUAUUCCAGAGUCGCAACUCAUCCUUUGUUUGAUAUUCUUUCUUAGACAAAGAACGUCCAAAUAUGGAACAAUGUCUUUGGCCUAUGGUCUGUUUUUCUCUAUUUCGCGGUUCUCACAACGCCUAUGGGCGUACUUCCCUCCUCAGGUUUCCGGUCAAGCAUCCCAACAGC